CAGUGCAUCUCUUUACCCGCUAUCCAUUGCAUGUGUGUUCAAAACAUCACAUUUUAAUCAAAGUUGACACAACCUGUGAUGAAGGGACACCAUAAAGUUUCGGGAGUGGGAGUGGGAGUGGCAGUGGCACCCAAUAAUUGGUUGGUUGCCAAAAUAUUUGGCAACUGUACGAAUCCUACACAAACCUGAAAUUCAAGCAUUGCCCACUUCAUUAACACCGCCCAUCAAAUCUCUCUCUCUCUCUCGUAUAAAUUCGCCUGCAAGUUUGAUUCUUGACAUAUAAAUACAGCCUUGUAGGAAACCCGCAUCGGAGAAUUUAAUAACCCAAUUUAGCCGAUAGUUGUCGAAGUUUCGGGGUAAUCCCCAAAAGAGAGAUUUAUUUCAAUUCAACCGAGUCAUCGACAGUCAGAAGAGCCAUUUCAAAUCCAUCCAGGCUUUGUAGGAUAUAUACUGAUCUGGGUCAUAAUUGUUUUGAUACGUAGAGGCCGAUUAUUAUCUGGGGUCUGAAGACUCUGAACCAAAUCAAUUGGUAUGAGUGCGAGGAAGAGAGAAAGAGAGAACCCUUGUGGGAUAUGUGGGCACUAUCACAAGUACGAAGAAGGAGAAGUUUGUGGGAUUUGUGGCCACCGUAUGCCGGCUGUCACCGAGAAGAGUUCGCUUCAGGUUAGUGCUUUUCCGUCGGAGAUCUGGCCCGAGUUUCUGUAUUUGGGUAGCUAUGAUAACGCUUCACGAGCGGAGCUUCUCAAGACCCAGGGGAUUUCUCGAGUUCUCAAUGCAGUACCUGCUUGUCAAAAUCUCUAUAAGAACUCCUUUACGUAUCACUGCCUCCAAGAUGACCAGAAUUUACCAUUUGAUGACGCAAUCCAAUUUCUAGACCAAUGUGAAAAGGAUAAGGCUCGCAUUCUUGUUCACUGCAUGUCAGGAAAAAAUAGGUCACCAGCUAUUGUGAUGGCUUACUUGAUGAAAAGCAAAGGAUGGAGACUGGAACAGAGUUACCAGUGGGUGAAAGAGCGAAGACCUUCCGUUGAACUAACUCAAGCUGUCUACCAGCAGUUACAAGAGUAUGAACAGAAGAUCCUUGGGUCAAUCAAGAACAACCACCCCACCUUGCCAAUCUUCUCAUCUGCCGGCAUGCCAUCCUUCAGCUUUGGGUUUUCAAAGCCUAAUGAUCCAGUUCCUGUCCCUGCAUUCAACAGCCCUGGUGCUACUUCCAUUUUUGCUCGUCCCAUUUUAGACAUCUCUCCACAGGAGUUUACUUUUGGAGCUGGCCAGGCUCAGAGUAAUUCCUCUGAAAGUUCUUUUGCAACAACUCUGCCAAAUCCAAAUUGUAACGAUAUCUCCAUGGAUGGUUCUUAAUAUCCAUAUGUUUGAUUCUCUCCUCUCCGACAUCAGUGGUUGGUCGGUGAAUCUGAAAAUUGUAUGAUUUAGACAGACUUGGAUCAGUUUUAAUGUGCAAGUCGAAGUCGGGGUGUAAGUUGGAAAGAAAUGUGUUGACUUCAAAAGGUUUGAAAGUUUGAAUCAGGUUCUCUUCUGGGGUUUUAUAUUCUAUAACUGCAAGAAUCUCAUUUUCUAAUUCAAUAUAAGGGUACUAAAUAAUUCUUUGGUCAAUUGUAGUCUGAUUUAGUGACUCUUUAUUAGCUGUAAAAAAGCCAAAGGCUAUUUAACCUUGUUACCCAUGGUGAUAAUUGUUACAUUGGUUUUAUCGGUGAGGCGGUCGGAGAGGGCCAAGGCUGGCAGUGGAAUUGGGGUGGCUCUGCUAUGUUCUGUAUACAGAGGGAGAGAGAUGUGUGUACAUUGUUGUUGAUAUAGCAUUGCUGGGUCGACUUGUACUCACCAUAUUGUGAAUUGUUUUUGGUUGAAGUUUACAUAAUAUUCAUACCCAACUCAAUAAAGUGUUAUUCCAAUAUUUGUA